AUGAGGUUCGCCGAUCUGCUCGUGGCUACGGCCGCUAUCUCCAGCGCCGUCGCGGUGCCUACCCAGACCAGGAAGCGCGCGAGUCCUUUCCAGUUCACCGGCGUAAGCGAGUCGGGAGCCGAGUUCGGUAACUUGGCUCUUCCCGGACAACUUGGCAAGGACUACACUUGGCCCGACCACAAUGCCAUCUCUACCUUGAUCCAGAAGGGUUUCAACACCUUCCGUAUCCCAAUUAUGAUGGAGCGUAUCAUCCCGGACAAGUUAACCGGCUCCGUCAACGAGACCUACGCUGUCGGUCUUGACGACAUCGUCACAUACAUCACCGGCCAGGGCGCCUACGCCGUCGUAGACCCGCACAACUUCGGGCGAUACUACGACAAGAUCAUCACGGACGUGUCGGGCUUCGGCGCGUGGUGGACGACGGUAGCCAAGCGCUACGCGUCCAACGAGAAGGUCAUCUUCGACACCAACAACGAGUUCCACGACGAGGACAACGCCCUCGUCGGCCAGCUCAACCAGGCCGCCAUCGACGCCAUCCGCGGCGCCGGCGCUACUUCGCAGUACAUCUUCGUCGAGGGGAACUCGUGGACCGGAGCUUGGCAUUGGGUCUCCAGCGGUACCUCUGAGGCCAUGGGUAAACUGACCGACCCCCAGGACAAGAUCAUCUACGAGAUGCACCAAUACCUCGACUCCGACGGCUCCGGCACAUCCGAAGCCUGCGUCUCCGCAACAAUCGGCAAGGAGCGUCUCGCCGACGCCACCGCCUGGCUCAAGGCCAACAACAAGAAGGGCUUGAUCGGCGAGACCGCCGGCGGCGCCAACGCGCAGUGCAUCGAAGCCGUCAAGGGCCUGCUGGCGCAUAUGCAGGAGAACUCGGACGUCUGGACUGGAUGGUUGUGGUGGGGUGCUGGUCCUUGGUGGGCUGACUACAUGUACUCGAUCGAGCCGCCGUCCGGAACCGCGUUUACGAAGGUGUUGCCGUCGUUGGCGGAUUUCAUCUAA